AUGGAAUCUGCAGAUUUUGAUGAGUUUAUUAGAUGGGGCGAAGAUUGCGAUGAGUUCCCCGAUCUUCAGUAUGCCCUAGGCAGCGAAGACAUAUCUUCGUGGGACCAAAUUUUGGAUCAGUACCUGGACCCAUACGAGUAUCUAGACCCGUUCCCACUUGGCGCACUAGCUCCAAUCGAAGAGAAAGCCGAAGCAAUUGAGGCACUCCCCGAGCUAUCACCCAGCCCGACACCACAAUACGACAUUCAGAUGCUAAGCGAAUCCAUCACUGAGCUUAAACACCGUGUCAAUGGACUGGAAGACCGAAUUACGGAGAAGCAAAGAAGGAUCGCCGACUUGGAGGCUUAUCUCGAGAACCUGCAGCCGUUCCUCCUACAACUUGGCACAUCGAUCGAGGGACUUUUGACUAGUGCCCCACAAUAG